AUGCACCCCUUCUCCAUUCUCACACUCGGCAUCUUUGUUGCUGGAUAUACGACUGCACGGUGGGAUCUUGUUACCCGUCUUUAUGAACUAGCCAUUUUUGCUUGGGACAACGGUGUUGUGACGCGCUCUGCUAGAGGUGCCAUUGCUUUGACGCUGCUCUUUGCUGCCAUUGUUAUUCCUGUAGCAUUUAUUGCCACAAAAGAAACGCAUCUGCACCCCCAGAAGCCCGGAUCGAGUGUAUCUGCCCGCGAACAGCUCCGACGACGAGGAUCUUUCUAG